AUGACAUUUGAUUAUUCUCCAGCUUCGAAGCGAAGGAAGUUCACCACUAUUUCGCCCAUGGAGUAUGAAUCUGCUAAGGCAAGGGUUGAAGCUGCUAGAGAGAAGUAUGAGAGGGAAAUCAAAGUAUUUGAAACAUCUGUAGCUUCUGUGACCCCUAGCACUGUAUAUGAUGCUGAAGAGACGGAUGACUUUUACGAGUUCACACCGGAGGACUACUACCGUCUGUUUGCAGCUAAAAAGGAAGAUAAAUAUCUGAAGACGAAAAAAAUUAGGGAUGCAGAAACUGCUGCUCGUAGGUCAAGGUUUACAAAGGCAGUCAUAAGAGUACGUUUUCCUGAUAAUCAUACGCUGGAGGUUUCAUUUCAUCCUUCCGAAACGAUUCAAAGUUUGGUGGAUCUUCUAAAGAAAGUGUCUGCCCAUCCGGAGUUGCCCUUUUAUCUGUAUACCACACCUCCAAAAAAGCAACUAAAUGACAUGUCUCAGGAUUUUUAUACUGCUGGAUUUGUUCCUGGUGCAAUUGUGUACUUUGCGUAUGAUAUGCCAAAAGGUAGUGAUGAUGGUGCUUCAUUUGCCGGUCCCUACCUUCAGGAGGAUGUCAUGUCUUUGAAAGGGUUGGAGUUUGUGGCUCAGCAGGCUCAGCCUGUGUCCCAGCCCACAACAGAAGGUCCUGAACCAGUGACAACAACUGGCCCAUCUGUUGGGCCUGAGCACAAGCCCAGUGACAAAAAGAAGAUGAAACCUAAGUGGUUGAAAAUGUGA